UUUUAUUAUUAGUUUCUCGUCCUUUUAUUUCUCUGUUUUCAUAGAUCUAUUUUUCUUUCUCCUCUCGACCUCGAGUUUUGGUUUAGGGUUUCAAUCGAGAUCUUGACAUGGCGGGUGCUGGAAUCCACCCAUAUCACCAGCAAUGGCCGCCGGCACCAGCACCUCCGCCCCCACCAGCCGCAGCAGCAGCCGCUCCUCCACCACCUCCUUCUGUCCACCAUCCUCCUCCACCUGCUUCCUCUCAUGACGAGGUUCGGACUAUCUUCAUUACGGGUCUUCCUGAAGAUGUUAAAGAGAGAGAGCUACAGAAUUUGCUGAGAUGGCUUCCAGGUUAUGAGGCUUCGCAAGUGAACUACAAGGGAGAAAAGCCCAUGGGUUUUGCUCUCUUCUCAAGUGCACAACUUGCAGUUGCUGCAAAAGAUUCCCUUCAGGACAUGCUUUUUGAUGCUGAGUCAAAGUCGGUAUUGCACAUAGAGAUGGCAAAGAAGAAUCUAUUUGUUAAAAGAGGUAUAGUAGCAGAUUCUAAUGCAUAUGAUCAAAGCAAACGUUUGCGAACUGGUGGUGAUUAUUCACACAGUGCUUAUACAGCUCCAUCUCCAUUUCACCCUCCUCCUGCUCCUGUUUGGGGACCACAAGGGUAUAUGGCUCCAACUCCUCCUCCAUAUGAUCCGUAUGGAGGUUAUCCUGUUCCUCCAGUACCAAUGCCAACCCCUGCUCCUGUACCGGCUCCAAGCAGUUACGUGCCUGUUCAGAAUACCAAAGAUAACCCUCCUUGCAAUACCUUAUUUAUUGGCAAUCUUGGAGAGAAUAUUAAUGAGGAAGAACUAAGGGGCCUAUUCAGUGUUCAACCUGGUUUUAAGCAAAUGAAGAUCUUGAGACAAGAAAGGCAUACUGUCUGCUUUAUAGAGUUUGAAGAUGUCAAUACUGCAACCAAUGUGCACCACAAUUUACAGGGUGCUGUGAUCCCUAGUUCUGGUUCUGUUGGCAUGCGAAUACAAUAUUCUAAGAAUCCUUUUGGUAAAAGGAAGGACUCUGGUCAUCCCAUUGCUUCCCCUGGUGCAAAUGGUGCUCCACCAUCAAUGACUUACCAGUAGAUCAAGGGGAUGUUCUCUGUUUUCUGUGCUCCAACAAAUACAACUGUUACAUGCUAGGAUGCAUCUUGCAGCUGUUGCAUGCAUCCAUUUCAUUGUCAACAUCAGCAUUAGCAUCUCUUCUCAUGUGUUUGAAUGCACAUAGUUGUUUCAUGAACACACCAUUUGCUCAUGUUAUAUCAGUUUACCUAAGACAUGCAUUUGUCUGCAGCAUGCGUUAUGGCAGGUUAACUUUAUAGGGUUUGAGAUAACUUUUAACAUUUGUAGAAGUAGCACAUUAUCUACAGUUUUGGGUAUUUUGCGUGCUAUUCUACCUCAUAUUCAACAUUGACCAUACCAUGAUGCUGGACUACUGUUGUCCUAUAUUAGGUUCAACCGCAUCACGCAGCAUACAUCUGGAGUUUGAUUUAAAUACAUUACAUUACUAACAUGACAUUCAAAGAUAAUCCUCAGUUUCAUUUCAUGGCAGUAUUUUGAUUUAAAAAGCGUAGAAAAUCAUACCAUUUUUCAUUCUGUACGUUUAAUUGUUAGAACCAUUGCCGUAGCCAUAGACACUAUUCGUUCCAGUCAAGUGGAAAAAAAUGAUUAACAUGUUUUUACCAUAUUAGGGUCUUCAAAGCAUAACUAUAGGAACAAUUUUGGGAAGAUGUAUGCCACUGUGAUCUAAAUACAUUACAUUAAUAACAUGACAUUCUAAGAUAAGCCUAAUUUUCAUAUCAUGUCACUACUAUGAUCUGAAAAAGCGGUAGGAAAGCAUAGCAUUGCUCAUUUAUUAUGAGGAAGUAUUAUGACCAUUGCCAUAGCCUUAGACACACCAUAUGCUUCCAGUCAAGUGAAAGGACGGUUAUCAUCUUGUUAGCAUUUAUUUGUAAGGUCUUCAAAGCAUAACUUUAAGGGCAUUAGAAAGAUGUAUGCCGCUGUGAUUUAUAUGCAGGAUAAGCUACUCUGUAUGAGCAUUGAGGUGAAGGGUACUUCAGCUGAUAUGUUUGUUUCAGGUAAUGUUUUAGUGGUAGUCAAGAGUUGAAACAUCCCCAUGCGGAUGUUCGGUUGACAGCUCUUAGGUUGCAACGGGUGUCGAGGUUGUUCUAUGUUCUAACUGCCCGUUUUCCAUUGCUCUUUAUUUUGGAAGAAGUCUUGGGUCUUUCUUCUAUUUUCUUCUUUGUAAAUGGUAUAUGAUGAUGCAGUUAGAGUGAUGGAGUUUUGUGGACAGGGCACAAGCUUAGGGUAGGGUGAAAAGAAAUGGGAAAAAUGGUAAAAAAGACAUGGGACGGUUAAUGUUUUGCACUUGCAGUGAAUUAAAAGAAUUUUCUAACA